AUGGAUGAUGACCUUCCGCCUCCGAGUUAUCGCUCCGCUACCGAAUACCCUAUCCAAGAGGAGCAGACGAGCGCCAUAAUUCGAACGGCCUCGUACCAUCGUGAGGAUUUCUGCCGCUCCGUCAUAUGGUUCUCACCCCGCGAGCACGUCGGCAUUCGCUCGUCCAUGGCAGAGUCAUUCCAGCGCACCGCCGAAGCAGGGCUCGGUUCCCUCAAUCGGCUGCCGCUGGAGCUCUUGCACGACGUCUUGCUACGGCUGGACACGCAAUCUCUAUUCAAUUUUCGACAAACGAAUCUCCGAUCGAGGCAAGUGCUCCAUUCUAUGAAGCAAUAUCGGAUCGUCAUCUCUCACGGGCUCAACCUUCUCUGCGCCUUGCUGCGGACACGACUUGCCGUCACUGUCUCACUCUUUGACUUUUACUACGCACUUUGCACAAAACUUUGCACCACCUGCGGCGAAUUCGGCGGAUUCAUGUCACUGUUGGCCUGGAACCGAUGCUGUUUUGUAUGCCUUCAAAAUGCUCCAGAGUGCCAAGUGAAAACUCUUGCAUCGGUGCGGAAGCAAUUCAACAUGACCAAGGCCGAAGCAGUCCGGUUGGAGUCUUUCAAAACCCUGCCUGGAAUAUAUUCGAUGGAGGAGUCCGCCUACAGAUCCCGCGUCACCGUCGUAUCGGCUCAUCAGGCCGCCAUCUCGUCUCGCCAACAGCGACUGCAUGCAUCGGCGCAAGUGCCGCCGGCUAACGGCGGACGAAAUCAAAAAUUGAACUUUAUGGCCUCAUGCGCGCUUCCCUACUACGAUGGACGGACAGGCAAGGUAGAGCACGGAAUAUCGUGUGCCGGCUGUCAACUGGCUUUCGAAAAAGGCAUCACUCAUUCCCGGGGUGAGCGAUGGGCGGUCAUGGCUCGCGACAAGGUGUACGCACGAGAUGACUACCUCGGCCAUUUUCGGUGGUGUGAACAGGCGCAACUCCUGUGGAGAACCAGCGCCGAUGGGAAGCGUGAGCCCCCCGAGCUUCCCGAGCUGGCUCGGCGAGGGGGCUAUUUCUCCAUGAUCGGAGAAUGCUGUCAUUGA